GAACACGAGUGUACAGCCCCCCAGAGUGGAUCCGCUACCACCGCUACCAUGGCCGUACGGCCACGAUCUGGUCCUUGGGCGUGCUCCUCUAUGACAUGGUCUGUGGGGACAUCCCCUUCGAGCACGAUGAUGACAUCAUCCGGGGCCAGAUCUUCUUCCGACGGCGGAUCUCUCUAGAGUGCCAGCACCUCAUCAGGUGGUGUUUAUCCAUGCGCCCCUUGGACAGGCCAUCCUUGGAAGACCUUUUCAACCAUCCUUGGCUGCAAGACAUUCACCUGCCCCAGGAGACAGAGAUCCACCUGCGCAGUUUGCUGGAGGAGCCUGGCAAGUAA